CUUCUGAGAUGAGCCAGGAAGACACAGAGUGGGUCUCUGGGCAAUGGUGUUCCACUCAGUGGGGGUCCUCUGGGAGCUCUAAGGAGGGAGCUGAAGGGGGAGAUUUAUCUUCCAGGUCAGGGCAGCCCAUGAGAAGUUAAAGUCCCUGUACUUUUUCAUGUCACCUAGCGUCUCUGAUGGCUGCUCAAAAUGCCAGCUCCCAUGCUGUGCAGUGUAGCUUUUCACCUGAGUCCACAAAAGGCAGGAGGAGCUGGAUAUGCAGGAGGUUGGCCCGGCUGCAUGCUCGGUGGUCAAGGAGAUGCCCUGCGCUGAUCUGCCCUGGACAGUGGACCCGGGAAGCCAGAUCAGAAGCAACAGAACUGGAACAAGGAAGUUCAUAGCUUUUUGCUGUGGCUGUAUGAGACCUUCAGCCAGCACUCAGUGGGUGUUCUGUGAGAACUGCUCCACAUGUGAUGUAGUUUUGAUGUAUCUGUGGGAGGAGGUGAGCUCCACGUCCUUCUACUUCACCAUCUUCAUCUCCCAGUCUGCUUAUUAUUUUCUUAUUGUUUUUGUUUCUAUCAAUUUGGCAUCAUACAUGGCUACUGAUGGCAGUGAUCUUCAGGUUCCCUUGCGUCAGAAGCAGAGAAAGAAAACUGAAGGUUUUUUCACCAUGAGUCGGAGGAGGAUAUCAUGUAAAGACCUGGGGCAUGCUGACUGCCAAGGGUGGCUAUAUAAGAAAAAGGAAAAAGGAACUUUCCUAGGCAACAAAUGGAAAAAGUUCUGGGUGGUCCUGAAGGGAUCAUCACUGUACUGGUACAGCAAUCAAAUGGCAGAGAAAGCUGAUGGAUUUAUCAACCUGCCUGAUUUCACUGUAGAGAGAGCGUCUGAAUGCAAGAAGAAGCAUGCUUUUAAGAUCAGCCAUCCAGAGAUCAAGACCUUUUAUUUUGCAGCUGAGAAUGUGCAGGAAAUGAACCUGUGGUUAAACAAAUUUGGAUCAGCUGUAAUCCAUCUUGAAUCCAUUACAAAGGAUGAAGAAUGCUACAGUGAGAGUGAACAGGAAGAUCCCGGAAUAGCUGUCGAGACACGACCCCCUCAUUACUCUGCGGAGACUCUCUCUCCUUUGGCUGCCCAGCGAGCAUCUUCAUCUUCACCCAAAUUGAAUGAAACAUCGCGUUCUUUCUCUUCCAUGGAAAACCUAAAAAAGACACCCAGAAGUUUGUCUUCCUCCAUAUCUAGAGAAAGACAGUUCUGGAUGGAUGUGGUUGACGGCUCGUCUGCCGCUGAAGACGUGGGACAGUCUGUGACAUGCACUGUGCAGGGCCGCGCACCUGCACCCUCAGAGGCAAAUGGUCGCAGGGCCCUGGAAACCAGCUUCGCCACAUCAGGAAGUGGAGUUUUGAACUCUUUAUCCACUGAUGACACUUCUUCAUUGAGUAGCAACCUAGAUCAUCUUACUGUCCCAGACAAGCCGGCUGGAUCAAAGAUGACGGAUAGAGAAGAGACAAAAGUGUCUGAAGAUGAUGAAAUGGAGAAGCUCUACAAAUCGUUAGAGCAAGCUAGUCUAUCUCCUCUUGGGGACCGGCGACCUUCAACCAAAAAGGAGUUGAGAAAGUCCUUUGUCAAGCGGUGCAAAAAUCCAUCCAUAAAUGAGAAGCUCCACAAAAUCCGAACUUUGAAUAGCACAUUAAAGUGUAAAGAACAUGACCUGGCCAUGAUUAACCAGCUGCUGGAUGAUCCGAAGCUGACGGCCAGGAAGUACAGGGAGUGGAAGGUCGUGAACACCCUGCUCAUCCAGGAUAUCUACCAGCAGCAUCAGCAGCAGAGGACGCCUAUGUCUACCCCCGAAGGCUCCCUCCAGGGACUCGAGAAACCACCUUCCUCUGCCUGCAUUGAAAAUUCUAUUUGAGAACAAGCCACGAUGCUCUCCCCCUCUAUCUUACCCCAAGCAACUCUUCAAGAUGUUGUAGUAGCUUAACAUUUUUCCUUAUAAAGGAAAACUGAAAGCCAUUUCCUGGAAGCACCAGCUCCUCCUCUAGGGAUGCAACUGGGGUGAAGACAAACACUGAUGCUGCAUCACCAGUUUCAGUGCUUCCACCCCAGCUGGGGGGAUGGAGUCCAGCUGAGCAAAUGGUCUCUGUGUUCAUUCUGGGAGCCCCCGGCCAUGCUAAGUUCUGGGUGGGAUGUGAGAACUGUCACCUCUGUUUGUUGCUCUCAAGAGAAUGACAACAUUCCAUGGACAAAAGAUCACUUUUUACCAGGGAUACUUCUUCAUAGAAAUACUCUGUUUUCCAAAAGAAGAAUGUAUAUAUUCCAUCUGGUUGGGUAGCUGAGUUCCCCCAGUCAUCUUUUGAGUGGAGGAAUGCUAUCUAUAGCAGUAUCCGGAGCAGGACAGAUGUGGUAUUGUGGAACCCAAAUCCCUUGCCUUUGGUCCAGAAUGGUGGUGCCUUUUCCAUGUGUUGAGAAAUACUUCAUAGCAAAUGGUGUACAGGAGCGCCCAAGGAGGAGGCGUGUCCUAUAUUCCACUCACUCAAAGGACAGCUUAAUAUUUUCAGACUUUAUCCAGUUUGGGUAAGGGAUCUGAUUAAUGUUUCCUUUCCACAGAACAGCUAAAGAAAACUCUAUUACACUUGGACACCUCUAUUCCCUCCGAGCUUUUCUAAACCACUGUAGGACAUAGUAAUAUGUCCAGCGAGGAAUGUUUACUGCCUUUGUCCUUGGGUGUGGUAGCUAUGCACAGUAUAAAUGUACAACCAGGGACUUCCCUGGCAGUCCAGUGGUUAGGACUCCACGGUCUCACUGCCGAGGGGCCGGGUUCAAUUCCUGGUUGGGGAACUAAGAUCCCCCAGGCAGCGCGGCACGGCCUAAAAUAAAUAAAUAAAUAAAUAAAUAAAUAAAUGUACAUCCAGAUUCCCCAGGAUCAAUCAAUAUUGACAAGAUGAUUCUGGUGUCUGAAUUGUUUUAAUAUCUUUAGUAUCUAAAAAAAAAACAACCCAACAGAAACAACAAAAGAGUUAAAACAUGACUGUUUUAUUUUUGUAUGUUUAUGUGUCACUUUGUGUCCUAUGUGAAUAGCUAAAUAUAAUAUGUUUGUUAUUUAAGAAUAUUUAUAGAAGUUCAAAUUACUAGUGUCUUAAAAGAUGAUAUACUAUUAUAUGUUUUGUUCAGUAUAUAUUUCAAAGUAUAUACUUUUUGCUUGAGAAAAAUAGGAAUACUAUUGAUUCAUUAGAGUUAUUAUGUUGCACUAUAAUGUCCGAGGAAUGCUCAGGAAAUCUUGUGGGAUAAAUGUAGGGCAUGCAUUAAUAAUCUUUAUUUUCUGGCUUUUCUCUCUGCUUCUCUCUCUCUUUUUUCUCUCUCUCUCCAGAAUGCUUAGAUUUCUAUCUGUUGUAAACCAUUCUCCUAACCAGUAAAGGACUUUCCUCUUACGUUAUCCCUUCUAGUAAAUAUACUUUAAGUUUUAUGCCAUUUAUGCCUACAUAUCCUAAACCAGAUGAAGCACAAUUAAUGCAGUUUUUUGACAGAAGACCAAUAGAAAUUUUGGGGCUUACCAUUUAAGAGAACUCAUUUUAUUAGAGAAACAAUAGGAAAGUUUUCACCCACUAAUCACCAUGAAUACUUCUCACCAUAAGAAUAACCACAACCCAUCAAAGACCCAUUUUGGCCUAACCCCUAGCAAAUUGUCAACACAACAUGUUGGCUUUAUAGUGUCAAAGUAUGUGGCUUGACAUUCAAAUGGAAAUAACCCACUGAAUUUUAUCUUCGAACUAAAUGGAAAUAGUUGUUGAAAUUUUCCCUAAGCUUUAAUAAGAAAUCUUAAUACUUUGUAAACAAAAAACAACCUUAGCAUUAAGAAAAAAAACAAAACAAAACCAGGAAGCAAGUUGUAAUACUAGAAGCUUCUGAAAGGCCAUGCUAGUCAGUUUGGCCCAGUAAACAUUUAGGUGCUGCUGCAACAGGUGGAGCGAGCUGGGCAGGGCUCAGACCCUGCAGAAGAGGGGACCCGGCCCUCUGUGAGUUUACUGUUGGCACAGAGAGAAGCAAACAUUUAGGUCCUCAGAUUGGACCCUGAAGUUUCUGGUUUGAAGGCCAGUGCUUUAAUCUCUUUACUCUAGAAAUCAGCAUUGAUUCUUUCUGUAAUUAGCAGCAUCUAAUUCUUCCCGUAAUUAGGUGGACUGUUUAGGAUUCACAAAGUAACCAAAGUGGUGAGAAAAGGAGAUAUAAUCACGGAGGAAAGGAUGGUAUGAUAAGGCAUUCUUCUACCUUUUUCUCUUUGGUUUCCAUCACCAACCUAUAAACGUUAAACCAGCUUUUCCUAAAGUGAAGUGCUUUGAAAGCUUUUGGCCAGGGCUUGCAAAUAUAUUCUAAUGCUUUACUUUGACUUUUCAUGAAGACAUAUUUAACUGACCUUUUUAAGUCCAUUGGUACCACUCCAACUUAAAGGCAAAACAGACCCGUGAGAUUACUCAAUCCAGCUUUUCAGUUACUUUUCAAAGUCAAGUUAGUCAAGAUGUUUUUGCUUUGUUAGAACAGUUACUAUGCAGAACCUCCCAAAUGAAAGUUAAACUGAGAUGCACGAUUUCGCACCCGGCUCUUCUAGACCAAACUCACCUGCUCGCUUGUGACUUCCCUUCUGAGGAUGCUUUCACUCUGUGUUACGUUGUGCUGGGAAGUAGGGGCACUGCUGCUGUGAGUUCCCACUUUCAGCUCUGACCGCUGAGGAGGGUUGAGGGGAGAGAGGGCAGUGGGAGGAAGAGGGGGUGACAUUCUUCAGAAGUAAUGUCAGCAAGUCUCUCUUGGCCUCAAGCCAUUUUUCUGGUCCGAAGGAUAUUGAGACAAUUGGAUUAUUUCUGGCGUACUCCUGGGGAUUGGACCAUCUCUGAAAUGGAUUUUGGGCCCUUUCGUGGGCUCUAAGGGGGCACUCCUAAACCCACCACUGUUGUCACGGGCUCCGAGGGCUGCAGAAUGGCACACGACCAUGGCCACUCAGGAAGUGGAGAAUCUCUGAGCAUAACUGGAUCCAAAACUGCGGCACCUGCCAUGAUUAGGAUCCGGAUUGGACUCCUCUUUGGGGUUGUGGUUGAGGGACUGCUUCCCUCCGUUGGUGACCUGUAGACCCAAACUGGUGCCUGAUGUGAUGGUCUCAAUGGCUGGACCAUUGCAGUACCUCUUGCUGAGUCGCGUCCCACACUUGAAGGGUAUCUAUUGCUUUUAAUACUUCUUAGUUGUGCCACAACCUCAGCAUAACAUCCAAGUCCCAGGAAGACUCUAAAGCACACUGUUACGAAGAUUCCAGGAAGCAAGACUGAGAAAGAGAUUGUGCUGGAGUCAGAUUUCACGGUGAUGGUGAAACGAUGAUGCCUUGGGUUUAAGUAGCACUUCGUAGUUUGCAAAUGGGGGUGUUUCAGUCUCCCCCUCCCUCUCCCCAGGGGUCUCUGUAAUACUGGGGACGGCUGUGGAUUACCAUUACUCCUUGUGACCAAGGGGUGAGGUGCCUUGCGGAGAGCCCCACGUGGUACAGCCAGCACGUGAGCUUGAGUCUCCCUCCUCCCUCUACCUCUGCCUUGUGCAGUGGCUGCGGGGACCCAGCAGCUGGCCUUGGACUGCACAUGCCAUCGCGCUGCAAUGGGCACAGGGCCGUGGUGGCUUUUGCGAGGUCAUCCGCUGGAAACCCAAGGGCCCCUUUUCCUUGAGUUCAGUCUCUUCCUCAUGGCCGGAAAGGUACUGUCCCUCCUGCAGUGACCUGCUGCUGGGCUGGCUGUGGAUUGGGGUGCAACUUAUCACUCUGCUUCCUUUCCUUCCUUCUGUAAAGUACACUGCUUGUUAGGAGCUGUGAGAUCCUUGGAUGAAAGGGAUCCAUGUAUUUUGUUUUCCUUUUAAAACGUGUCAGGAGAUGCCAGAGACGGAGCUUAGUGAUUAAUUAAGGGUUAGGACCUUAACUUUCCUCUCCAUUCCUUUUCAUGUAAUUAUGCUAAUUUCCUCAGACAGCCUCUAAAUCACAAACAAUAUCAUAGAGACGAACCAGAUACUUUUAAGUCUUUUGAAGAGAGGUGCUAUACCCAUCCCAGCCAUAUUUAAAUUCAUGGACACGUACCUCUUUGUACGAUACUCUGAUUGAAAGAUAAUAUUUUGAUGAGGCCACACAGAAGCUUGAGUGAGUAAUUUAGGUACAGAAGGUGCCCAUCCAACAGUCACUUUAUGUUGCAAAGCUGCCGUGUCCAAAUGAAGUUUUAGGAUGCCUCUCUUCUUCGUCUAAUAGAAUUUGAUAUUUGAUUGGGGUUUUCCAAUUUAUUUCACCUUUCAAUUUUAUUUUGCACACUUAUAAGAGGAAUGGAGUCCUAGAAAUGUGAGGUGACUGUCCUGCCUGUGGUUUUGUAAUAUGUCACUAAAAAUGGAAGCCCCUGAAACUAGAUUUUAACCACUCAUAGGAAAUGGACUGGGGAUGGGCAAUCCUUCCACCCAGCCCUGAGAGCUGCUCGUCUCAGUGAACAAGAUAACUAACAGCUACAUGUUUCUCUAUGUUGUGAGACAGGAAGUGGUGCUCUUGCCUCCUCUGCACAUCUUUAUUCUUCCUCACGUCACCACAGACUACAGAGAAAACGAAGAAGAAAAAAUAGAUUCGGUAUUUUAAAAAAUAGUUCUAUUUCUCCUGCUGUGAGAAGACUUCACUGCCCUGUUUUGCUAUUUCUUUGAGUCCAAAGGGGAAGCAUGCCCCAGGCAGACGUCAAGCAUCUCUUAAUAAAGCCCAGGAUUUUAAACCACCAUUUUAAUGUCCUUGCAUGAUGGGGAUGUGACUUUUUGCACUGCAUGGUGUUUGGGGGCAAGAUGUUAACGUAGAAAUGAUACAUUCAAUCUCAUCGUACUUUUGUUCUCUGUCUUCUACCCUCUUUGACCGAACUGAAAAAAGAGGCAUGACUCAUUUCUCCUGCUUUAUGUGUUUGAGGAUGACUUGUAAGAUAAAAAUAAAAACAGGAGAAAAUAGAUCUAGUAAAAUGACAUGGAAAACAUUGGAAAUGUCCCACUGGUGUUCGUUUUCUGCCCUGCAAUGUUGCUUCCUCAAAAUAAAAACUCCUUGGGAAGUGUGGAA